AGCCAUUGGUUGCUGGCGAGCCCGGCGCUACUCCGGCCCCCGUCUCCCGGGUCUCUUGAGGAGCCCGGGAAGGAGGCUCGGCUCGCGCUGCCGGGGCAAGGGCUUGCCGGGACCGGGCUGCGGCAAUCGUUAGCGGGCCAUGUCGGCUGCCCAGGGCUGGGACCGGAACCGCCGGCGGGGAGGAGGCGCGGCCGGCGGGGCCAGCGGGGUUAGCGGGGCCGGCGCGGCCGGCGGGGGUCGGGGCACCGGACAGCUCAACCGAUUCGUGCAGCUCUCGGGACGGCCGCACCUGCCAGGUAAGAAGAAAAUACGAUGGGACCCAGUUAGGAGGCGCUUCAUUCAGUCCUGUCCCAUCAUAAGGAUCCCUAACAGGUUCUUGAGAGGCCACAGACCUCCCCCAGCCCGCAGUGGACACCGUUGUGUGGCAGACAAUACCAAUCUCUAUGUGUUUGGAGGGUAUAACCCAGACUAUGAUGAAUCGGGAGGGCCGGAUAACGAAGACUACCCUCUCUUCAGGGAGCUUUGGCGGUAUCAUUUUGCAACAGGCGUGUGGCACCAGAUGGGCACAGAUGGCUACAUGCCCCGGGAAUUGGCAUCUAUGUCACUUGUGCUGCAUGGAAACAACCUGUUAGUGUUCGGAGGUACAGGCAUCCCGUUUGGUGAGAGCAACGGCAAUGACGUCCAUGUCUGCAAUGUGAAGUACAAGAGAUGGGCUCUACUCAGCUGUCGGGGGAAGAGGCCCAGCCGUAUAUACGGACAGGCCAUGGCCCUCAUCAAUGGGUCCCUUUAUGUCUUUGGGGGAACAACCGGCUACAUCUAUAGCACAGACCUGCACAAGUUAGAUCUCAACACCAUGGUGUGGACACAACUCAAACCAAACAACCUGUCCUGUGACCUGCCGGAGGAGAGGUACAGACAUGAAAUUGCUCAUGACGGGCAGAGGAUUUACAUCUUGGGAGGAGGUACUUCCUGGACAGCCUAUUCCUUAAACAAGAUCCAUGCAUACAACCUUGAAACAAAUGCAUGGGAGGAGAUCGCAACAAAACCUCAUGAAAAAAUAGGUUUUCCUGCAGCCCGACGAUGUCACAGUUGUGUUCAAAUUAAAAAUGAUGUCUUCAUUUGUGGGGGCUAUAAUGGAGAAGUGAUCCUGGGAGACAUCUGGAAGCUGAAUCUGCAGACGUUUCAGUGGGUGAAGCUCCCUGCCACCAUGCCAGAGCCCGUUUACUUUCACUGUGCGGCCGUCACUCCUGCCGGUUGCAUGUACAUCCACGGAGGAGUGGUGAACAUCCAUGAAAACAAACGGACUGGGUCGCUGUUUAAGAUCUGGCUGGUGGUACCUAGCCUGCUGGAACUGGCAUGGGAGAAGCUGCUCGCGGCCUUCCCCAACCUAGCAAACCUCUCCCGAACACAGCUCCUGCACCUUGGACUCACACAAGAACUCAUCGAGCGUUUGAAAUGAAGAUUUCUGGACUGUUCAUUGAUACUGGAAAUGUUAAUUUAAAGAGACUCCUUUAUUUAUGGGCAGUGUAGAAUGUGCUACAAAGAGGAUUGGCUACCCUGAUCAAGGCCUUAUUCAGAAAAUACAUCAGAUGCCUUUUUGUGAAUGGGUUAAGUUUAUGGACAUUUCACUUUCUCAUGUGCUUUCUUCUUUGCUCCCCUCCCUCCUGCCCCUCAUAAUGCACCCCACACUUAUGCACUCCCUCUUUCUUGAUGGAGUUGAGGGAAUAUCUGAAAGUCCCUUAAUAAUGUUAAGAAUCAAGAGAGAGAAAUUGUUGCCUUUUUUUCUUUUAAUGCUGAGCAUAUUGACCAUGUCAACUAACACUACAGAUUAAAAUAUCAUCAUCAACAAACACAAAGCUUAAAAAGCCAGCAACAACAAAUUGUGGUCUGGGAGAUAGAGCGAGAACACUAGUCUUGGUAGUCUAGCAGGUUGUUCUUAAGUCUGGAUGUUGAGUUAGUGUUUCUGCGAUGUACGGAGUGGCUGGACUCAACGGUGCUUCAUGACUUGCUGUAAAAAUGCCUGACCUUGACACUAGCAGGCAGCUCAGUGACGAUUAGUGAUGCCUUCAAUCCUGUAAUGCUCCAGUGCUUAGCGUUGGCCUGCCAAUGUUUAGUGUGUCUGUCGUCAUCACCCUCUAUUGUUGUCUUUCAAAUGAAAUGUAUAUGGCAUCAAGUUCUUUCCAGGCAGUUCUGAACUUCCCUUGUGCUUAUUAAUGGCUUUAAAUAUGUCUUUGACCUCUUGGUGGGGGAUUGUAGACUCUUAAGUGUGUGAUGUAAAUGUCUAGGACAGUAUAUAGAGCACAGCACCUGCACCCUUCAGACUUAACUGUCUUACCUUCUGCUUGGUGUGCUGGCUUUGACUAGCAUAGCAGCUGCUGCUCUUUAAGUCUCUGGACCAUGGCCCUGCGUUUCCUCAAACUGUUGGUUCUUGAUUGCCUCCUGAGCUUGUUGCCUCCUUUGCUGUCCGUUUCCGUGUACACGAUGUUGUGGUUGCCUAGUGACUAGAGGAAGGUCUUAAGGGAAAAGGCACAGAGUCUCCUUCUCAAGAAGCAGGGGUCAUUGGAGAGCCAGCAGGAGGAACGGGUGAGACAGGGUGAUUCGCUUCUGUUGGUGAGAGAUUUUGAGUUUGUUUCGUCCUUUCUGGAGAGAAAAGUAACCUACAUUUUUACUCCUUUUGUCCUCAGACAGCUAGAAGAGCUGAGGAGUGACUUGUGUAAGCCUGUGGGUAUCCAUAGGUGCAGUCAGGAUGCUAGAGGCCUGCAGGAGGGUGCAGCCAGUCCCCCCUGCAGGCUCCUUCCAGAGGAGGCUUGUAGGAGAUUUCAAACACAUUUUUCCUUUAAGUGCCUCUUUUCCACCUAGCUUUAACAUUAUUCUUUUUUUUUUUUUUUUUUUUUUAGCCCAAAAGAGAUCUCUUUAGUUGAUAUGAAAUAAAAGUCACCUUUGAGUUACAGUAAAAAAACGUUCCUGCCCGGUGUGCAGUCUUAGGGAGGUCUCCUGCCUUUGGCUCCCAGCAGGCCUUAUGCUCCAUCCAUGUGGGUUAAGUUAGUGGAGCCUUUGCUCUGUGGUCCUGAGAGAAGCCCUUAUCUGUGAGCGAGGGAAUGGAGCUGCUCUUCUGGGGUCUUAACCCCCAGCUCUGGCCACUUCCUGUUGGUGUGGCUUUUACUUCCUGCCACCGAUAGGCGCACUCCUCAUAAGACCUCUCUCCAGAGCAAGUCAGCCUGAGCCACUGUGUGCUCAAAACUGUGUGACUCUGGGCCAGGUCUCCUGGACACAUGGUGGAAGUGUAUCCCAAACUAAGUAAGCCAUGUUUUCUAGGGUGACAGAAGGAUAUUUGUCAUUGGUUUAUAUAGGGACCAAAGGCAAUGUUCAGCCUCUGUGCUUUGACUCCCAUGGUCCUUGGACUACUGAGGCUGACUCUGGUCUGACUAUACCAGAAAGCUGUAGAAAGGGGGCUGGUUCAAGCCAACACUUGUUGGCAUCCUUUUUAAGCCCGUUGAAGGCAGUCUCUUUGAGAUGGAUGUUGGAGGCCUGACAUCAACGACAUUCUGUAUCUUAGAAGUGCAUGUUGGGUCUAAAGUGUCUUUGAAUAGAACACUAGCGAAAGUGGUGCGGGGAGCAGCUGAAUGCCGCAGCCACUCACGCACAUGUUCUGGAUGCCAAAUGACUGUGGAGAAGGACUUAAAGGAAGGUGACUGGAUCCUCUCGAAGGGUCACCAGCAUUUUGGUUUCUCUAUAACCAGCACUGGGAUUCCCAGUGGCAUCACCUGGUGUGGGAAGGUUGUGAUGCCCGCUGCCCCUCUGCCUUUUUGAGGUGUGCCCAGACAUCUUCCUGCAGUCCUGGAAGUGCAAUAUGUAGAAACAUGGUCUGUACAGAUUAUGUAGCAGCGGCGACUGUAAAGCAGUGACACUGCUUUUUGUACCUGUCUUGGGCAAGUCAACUUAUUACCUUAGAGUGAAAUUAUGCCAAGAACUUUUUAGUGCAAUCAUAAGCCAACUUCUUGGUAAAGCUGGAUUUCUUUCAGGUCCAUGUUUUCUUAUUCUAGUUCCUCAGUUUGUUAGGAGCUGAGGGUUUCCCAUCCCUGCUCGUACUGUCUCCCAUUUGCAUGUCUUGCCCAGGAAUAAGGAAGUCCACUUGAAAGUGUUGCCCAGGUAGAGAAUUGAAACCUAAUGUUAAUACAGCCCCUCCCCCAUAUACACUAAUUUAUCUGGGAAUGUAAUACCUUAUUAAAUGGUUUUUUCUUUAUGAUAAGGUAUUUUCCACUUUACAGAAAACUGCAAACCAGUAUAUAAUAGAUCAAAACUUUACCUGCUUUUCAGGACAAACAAAACCCUUCCUUCCCACUGGCAGAAAUCAUCUUUCAGGGCCUAAUGAUUUGAUAUAAAAGCUUGCUUUAUAGCAUUCAUUUCCAGUACAGAGCUAGAUUUUAAAAUUAUAUAUAUGAUGAAAAUAUUAACAUUUCUAGAUUAAAAGUACGACUGAUCUUUUGUUAUCCACUGUAGCAAGGUGAAAGCACACACAAUCGAAAUACAUAGAUAAUCAAUGUUUAGCCUUCUCCUUCAAACAGUUGAUUUACAUAUCUUGUCCCUUCCUGUCCUUCUUCCACACACAUCCCCUUUUCAAGGGACGAGAAGUCAGGAAAGGAAAAGAAGCUCAAAGAAGGGCCAGCAGCUAGCCAGGCCAGGGUCCCAGUUAACUUAGAGGUGUUAGACUCUGGUAGGAAAAUAACCAUCGGUGGGAACCUUGAGCAUAGCCUGCUGCUGAGUUCUCUGCUACUUCCUGACCAGAGAGAACUCUUAGUUCCUGUGGGAUGAACAGGCUGUGUUGGACAGAAACAGAAACCCCACCCUCUGAGCACAUUUCCUGGCUCUCGGCAAAGCUUGCUUUUCUGUUUCCUCCUUUGGAGUCACCUUCUGCAGUCUGAUGUCCUGGUGUGCAGCAAGGGUGCUCUGUCCUCUUGGACUGUAUUGGUUUUGUCCCCUGUAAAAACAGUUUGCUUUUCUGUGGUCUUAGUGAUGCUUAGAGAAUGGCCCUCCCACCAACACUCUGACAUAGCACAAAAAGCCAUUUUCCUUUUUGUUCUCUGUUGUUUCCAGGUGUUGGGCUUCAGGGUGAAUGCGGGAGGAUUUAUUGUUACAGCCAUGCUUUUCAAGAGCUGGUUACCAUAGGUGUAAAUUCCAUUGGUCCCCAGGUACCUUAGAGCUCUGGUAGCUUUGGCUGGGCCUGAAGCAGGCGCAGUGGGGGUUCUGGGUCCUCCAUAUGUUGUCACUCGUCCAUAAGUUUGUGAGAUUUGGAAGAAAAAAAAAAAUACCUUCCCUUGUCUGGUGUCAAAAACAGAGUUGUGCUUCGAUGGUAGCACCAUCUCCUUGGUGGUCUUUCCAUGUUGUUAAUCUUUUUUAAAACUUUUGAGAAGUUUUUUUAAAGGCCCCACUUAGUCUGCAGAGGGGGAGUCAAAGGCAGUUUUCAGAGAAAAGGCCAAUUUCACUAAGUAGUUGUGACUGCUGUUGGAUAUAAAGGAGGCAGCGGGAAGCUACUGGCUCGGGGAGUCUUAGGGAGCGUGCAGGCUUCUCCCUGCAGAGGCAGUAGGGACAGGCAGGAAAGGUCAGCCUCCCUUUGGAGCUGUUCCCAGGCUGGGCCAGGCUCUACUCUUCCUGCAGGCAGUGGAGGCCAUACACAGUGCUUGCCUUACUUCAAAGCUCUUUGCCACAGUCCUGUUGCACAGUGUGGACGUCCUUUUGCAGUCUGGUGUGCAUGCCAUGUGAGCAGGGCAGCUUUCCCGCCUCUCCCGGUUUCCUAUGAGCAAGUGAACCUACCCUGAAACGUUCCACCUGUACUUACCUACCUUGUCAGUGUUCGUUGUUGGUUUUCUAAAACAAUCUGAUCAAUAAAUCUCUAAAUCUACUUGG